AUGAGCGAUCUGGAGAAUCGCACGUACCGCCUUUUGGCCCCAAAGGUCAACAACGCUGCCAAGACACGACAGCGAAGAGAAGAAGGCAGCAACAACGCAGGCGACAAUGCAGACGCAGACGCAGAUGCAGAUGCAGAUGCCGAUGCCGAUAUGCAGCUGGAGGUGCGUACUAAUUUGGGGAGGAAGAGAGGGGAGAAGGGGCUGGAGGAGGAGAUGGAUGUCACGUGGGUGGUGAAAGGUGGUGAAAGGUGA